AUGUGCCCCCAAAGAGCACCUGUCACUAUUGGACCUCAAUAUCGGGCUGGCGCCUCGGUACCAAUGCACUUUCAAGUAGGCUCGGGUUCUAAUCCCGGGAACAACCCUACCAACCCUGUGGUCCCUAAUCUCGAUGACAUGGCAGAAAUCGAAAAAGUAAGAAUGGACCUGCCAAAACAACUUGAGGACCGGUGUAGAUGGCUAGAGGAGAAAUUUAGAGCUAUGGAGAACACCGACUACCAAUGUGGAGUUGACGCCAAAGAUUUGAGUUUGGUUCCUAAUUUAGUGCUCCCGCCUAAAUUCAAGAUGCCGGAGUUUGAAAAGUACAACGGGACUAGUUGUCCUGAAGCUCAUAUAACUAUGUUCUGUCGAAGAAUGACAGGAUACUACAACAAUGAUCAACUGUUAAUCCAUUGCUUCCAGGACAGUUUGAUCGGGUCUGCAGCCAAGUGGUACAACCAGCUGAGUUGUACUAAGGUUAGUUCAUGGAGAGACUUGGCGCAAGCUUUUAUGAAGCAAUAUAGUUAUGUGACGGACAUAACACCUGAUCGAAUUACGUUACAGGACAUGGAAAAGAAACAAAACGAGAGUUUCAGGCAAUACGCCCAACGAUGGAGGGAGGUGGCAACGCAAGUCCAGCCACCCCUUUUGGAAAAAGAGGUCACCGAGCUUUUUAUCAAUACGCUGAAGGCCCCAUUCAUCGACCACAUGUUGGGGAGUGCUACCAAGAGCUUCUCGGAUAUGGUAAUGUCUGGUGAAAUGAUUGAAAACGCAAUAAGGAGCGAUAAAAUAGACGCAGGGGAAAAUUUCAAAAGACCAGCCCCAAGGAAAAAGGAGGGCGAAGUAAACAACGUAAGCACAUAUAGCAAGAGUCAUUCAAAAUCGAUUACUAUUGGCCCUUCAAAAACGAUAACCACUGGUCACCAGGCCCCCUCAAGGCAAAAGUCCAACACAAGGCCCAACACAGAGAGACUUCAAUUCACGCCCAUUCCAAUAACGUACAAGUAA